CGCGAGAGCGCUACAGGUUAUAAAGGCAGCGCCCCGCGCGGACUUGGGGCUUCGUCUUCCUGGCUCCGGGCGGUUCUCAGUGUCGCUCAGGCUUCUGUGUUGGAACUGCAAAAUGUCUUCAGGAAAUGCUAAAAUCGGACACCCAGCCCCCAACUUCAAAGCCACAGCUGUUAUGCCAGAUGGUCAGUUCAAAGACAUCAGCCUAUCUGACUACAAAGGAAAAUAUAUUGUGUUCUUCUUUUACCCUCUUGAUUUCACCUUUGUGUGCCCCACGGAGAUCAUUGCUUUCAGUGAUAGGGCAGAAGAAUUUAAGAAACUCAACUGCCAAGUGAUUGGUGCUUCUGUGGAUUCUCACUUCUGUCACCUGGCUUGGAUCAACACACCCAAGAAACAAGGAGGACUGGGACCCAUGAACAUUCCCUUGGUAUCAGAUCCUAAGCGCACCAUUGCUCAGGAUUACGGGGUCUUAAAGGCUGAUGAAGGCAUCUCAUUCAGGGGCCUCUUUAUCAUCGACGAUAAGGGUAUCCUCCGACAGAUCACUGUAAAUGACCUCCCUGUUGGCCGCUCUGUGGAUGAGACUCUGAGACUAGUUCAGGCCUUCCAGUUCACUGACAAACAUGGGGAAGUGUGCCCAGCUGGCUGGAAGCCUGGCAGUGAUACCAUCAAGCCUGAUGUCCAGAAGAGCAAAGAAUACUUCUCCAAGCAGAAGUGAGCGCUGAGCCAGUUAGUGAUAGGCUGCAGCGUGCAACCAUGAGAACAAAAUCUUUUUGUACUUUUUUUUUUCCCCUGGUUAAAAUAGAAAACUAUAUAGAAAACUAUAGCCAAGAUAUGGUGUGCUGUAAAAGAAAGGCCUAUCCUACAGGGUUGGGGAGUCCAGCCUUUUCCCUUUGUUUGGAAUGGCCUGAGCUGUGUUGGGGCACAAGGCCAUUUGAUGUGUAUGAUGUACCAGUAGUGGGGCAUCAGUCCACUGACCUUUUGUAGUAUCUAUUAAACUUUAACUGAGACUUUCUUCAUUUUA